GAGGCGGCUUCUCAGUGAAUGUUGGGAAAUGUAGUUUUGAUGUUCACUGAUUCCCUUUGAGACGUCAACAAAAGACUACGAUUUCCGGCCUGCUCCGCGAGCCGAGUGCAUGCGAAGAUCGUGUGCGACUGUUAAAUAGCGGCUGAGAUUGAAGCGAGAGAUAUUGAUCUGUGCUGCUGAAAAUUUCUCAUACUGAGAGCAAAGGAACAGGAGUAGGCCAUUCAGUCCCUCGAGCAUAAUCUAUACUCAUCCUGGAAUCCAAUCUGGACGUGCCUGUUUCUGAAAUUGUGACUACCCAAUCUAAAAUUUCAUGGAGUAUUGUUAUGGAACAGUAAUGGAAACAGUCAAACCAUUAAAAGAUAUUGAGAAAACAAUGAUAAGACCUUUAAAACCUGUUGUGCUGUGAACUGGGACCUAAGUGAGAAGAGAAGCUGAAGAACUGUCCCAGCACCCUCCUGUGGCUGCUGGGAGUGGGACUGAGAUAAAGCUGCACUGAAGGGUUCAGCUAAUUUGGCCGAGAAUUUAGAAGAAUACCAUCCACUGCUGGAGACAUUUUAGACUUUGGAACUCAGUCAAACAGACUAAAAUUCUUCUUCUACUGCAUCUCAUUUAGAUCUUUGAAAGUAUGAGCACUUCUUUGAAAAUCUUUGCAUAUUAAGGAAUCCUUCAUGAUUCUGACACAAAAUAACAAGUGUAAGAACCCAACAUGUGCAACUUUGAACAUCAUUGAACAAGUCUUUGGACCAGAUUUUGUGGAUUGAAGGCUGGCAUACAAAGCAUAGCGUUUCCCAUACAUCAGCAACAGAGAGUUCCUUUUGUGCAGCACACAUCAAAUUAAAUGACUGCACUUUGUAAUAAAUUAAUUGGCAGCUUCCUGUGCUGUUCAUGAGCUGGCUAGUGCUUAUCAUCACUGCACAUACAGCAGGAACUCCAGCACCUUCCUUAACGAUACAACUGUUGAAUAGGACAACGUCGCUGAAUACAGUCGGCAAAACUAUAUAUAAGGAUAAGUCUGCUUUCUCGUAUGAGACUCACGACUGUUUAGCUGUGAUGAUGCUGUGCAAAUUAGUCUGGGCACCAUUCCAGACGUUGGUUAUUGCAGAGUUUUGGUUUUGCACAGCACUGUUCGACUACCACCCUGAACGCAAAGCAAUUUGUUGACUUUAGAAAUUUGAAGACUUAAGAUACUCGUUUUUCAGCCUUCUCGAAAGCAUAUGGUUUUAAAACUUACCCAGAAUCCCUGAGAAGAAGCGACACCUAUUGCCAUAGGAACCUGUGAAAAACAAUGGAUGGGGACCAGCACUGUCGAACUGAGGCAAAGGAGAAGGUUUUAAUGGGUAUGUGUUUGCGUCCACAUGUGACUGAUGAUGCUCGCAAUGGAAAUGAAGUGCUUAAAUCUAUAUCUAUUUCUGCACUGAAGAGAAAUGGCCUUUUACAAUCUCUUAUGGCUGAAGUGGAUGAAAAAAAACGUGAAGUGGAUGUGACUUUGGACGUGUUGCAGGCAGAAGCGGAGUGGGAGGCUUUGGAAACAGUUCACAAAGGUCCAAGUGACUUAACUGGAAGUACCCCACUCAUCUCUUUUAAUGAAGCACUUCAGCAUUUUCAAACAGCUGAUCUCUGUGAGUACAGGAAGAACAUCCAGCCUACCAUGCGGAGGACAGGAUUUUCUGCCAUCACACAUUUUCUCUUUGGCCCGCCACGGUUGCACAAGGAGUUGCAGGAGGAGCGAGACUUGGUCUUUGCGAUUGGCCAAUGCUCCUUGGACAAUGAUCAGAAAGUUCAUAUUCGAGUUUUGCAGACAAUUUACAAGAAACUAACUGGGUCUAAGUUUGACUGUGCACGUUAUGGAUCACAUUGGGAACAAUUAGGGUUUCAAGGUGCAGAUCCAGGGACUGACCUACGCGGGACAGGAUUCCUUGGUCUGAUGCACACCUUGUACAUGGUGAUGGAUUUGCAGACUUUACCUUUGGCUCGUGAUAUUUACAAAUUGUCACAGCAUCCGAUACAAAAUUUCCCUUUCUGUCUCAUGUCCAUUAACAUCACCAGAAUCACUAUCCAAGCUUUGAGGGAAGAAUGUUUAUCCAAAGAAUGUAACCGAAGGCAGCAGGUGAUUGGAGUCCUUAAUGAUUUCUAUGUGGCUGCAUUCCUGCAUCUUUAUCAGAUAUGGAAAACACAGCACAAAACCAUCUCUGAUUCAGGAUUUGUUCUUAAAGGAGUUGAAAUGUUUGCCAAAAAAAACCCAAAACAACUCCUGAAAAGGCUGGAAACUUACUUGUUGGAACGUCAGAAUGGAACGGUCUUGCCAGCCGACAAGGUGUCCUCAACUUCAAACCACACUCUGACUGGGAUGAGAUCAAAAUCAACAUCUGUCAUAAACACCAAAGAGAUGAAUUUUAUGGGUGUGUGUGAGCUAGAGCCAGAACCUGAGGGCGAGGUGCAGCUAAUCUGAAUCUGUUGUGAGUGAUGAAAAGUGAGAAAGAUAAUCAACGUCGCCUUGUAGCAGGGAUGUGACACUUGACUGUUUCACCAUUACGGCAUGUAGUACAUAAAUACUGGACAUUAUAUGUUGCCAUAAACCCCACACAACAAAAAUAGAACAAUUGCUUUCCUGCCUAACAGAGGCUUGCAAAUGUGUAAAUGUUGUAGGUGUGUCAUCCUAGCUGAAAAGAUAUUCAGCACAAUUCUAACUUGAGUGCUCUUGCCAAAUAGUUCUAGUAAACAGAUGCUUUUCUGCUUCCUUUUGAAAACAAUAGUGCCAGACUCUAAGCAGGAAUGCAGCCCCUACUCAGGAGAGGAGAAUGUCUUUGUUUCUUUCAAUAGAGGUGCAGCCUGUGCUAAACAUUGUUUGUACUGUACAUUUUAAGUAAUGCAAAUUAGCUUCAUUUCUGAGUUUGUGUUGUGAGUACCAAUAGAGAGAGUUUAAAGAUUUUAUUUCCACUCCGACAUAAUUAAGGAGAGGCAGUUAAAUGGCUUGGGCUGAAUGAAGAAAUUUUACUUUCAGGAUGGUUCCCUUCUCACCUGAUUCUAACUUAACCAUGCAAGUUGGUUGUAUGUUAUAUAUGAGAUACAGAAAAUUAUCAACAGGCAUGUGAUUUUUGUUAGCACUACAUGAUUUGACAGUACCUAAUCCAUUCUCUGUCACCAUUCCACAGAACCUGUUCUGAGCAUAAGCUGUAGGCCACUUGAGUGAGCAAAAAAACAUGUUCAAACUUAUGAAAAUGCUCGAGUUUAUAAUAAAGUAAAUAUCCAACCAUUAGUUGCUAAUGACAGGCUUAUUACAUUUAAAUAAACAUCUUUUGUGUAGCCCAAUCAUUGAGCAUUUUGCAUCAUGUUCCUUUUAAAAAAGAUGCUCCAAAGUAUCCAUCUGGUCAAAGGCACUUUCAUGGUGCUUUGUGUUCAUUUUUAACUAUUGGUCUUAUCAGUAUGUAGUUUCCCCUCCUUCAACUCUCAUUACUGAUUGCGAAAUAAAUUACAUUAGCACUCCUCACCUUCAAUCAAACAAGUGGUGAGCCUGCCAUCCUGUCUCAUUAUUCAUCAGUUCUUUGUGCAUUAAAAAUUGGAGCUGUCAAAAA